AUGGCGAUUUCGUCUCCGGGUAGCUACCGAUUUCGUCUCAAGGGAGCUGGCGAUUUCUUCUCAGGGGAGCUGGCGAUUUCGUCUCAGGGGAGUUGGCGAUUUCGUCUCAGGGGAGCUGGCAAUCUUGUCUCGGGCGCGCUGGCUAUUUCGUCUCAAGCGCACCACAGGCAAUUUCGUCUCAGGCGCACCAUUGGCGAUCUCGUCUCAGGCGCGCCUGAGGCGAUUUUGUCACUUAGUCAGGGCCCGCUGGGUCACGCGCGCCCGCUGGCAGAAAGGUACAGCUGUGGGCGCGUAUAA